CAGAGGGCGGAGUCGAUGGAGCAGUUGACCAAUUGGCGAGCGGGCAGGACGUCCGAAGAACCUGUAGGCAUCCUCCUGAACUUACGGCACGUAACACUUACGGCACGUAACAAUUGACAAAAAGUAAUUAACUGUAGCCGAUGAAACAUAAUUCAGAAUGGCAGACAGCGCUAGCUAUCAGUCUGUGAAUCAGCAUGGGUUAAUAUAAUGCUACUUCUCAGUGUCAUCACUCUCCUGUAAUGAUGUCAGGUCCAACAAUCAGGUUCGCUUCUUAGCAGCCAGACUGAUUAUUUCUCUGCUCACUGAAACUGGAUCUAACUCAUCCCAGGUCACUGAGGACUAAGUGGUUAGUUUAAGUGAACCAGUACAUUAGCAGUUAUAAAAUAUAGCAUUUCAGGGUUUGUGGGCCAGCACUGUGGCUCUACUAGGUGUCCCUGAGCUGUUUAAUGGCUUACCAUUACUCUACACUAGCUUGUCAUUCAUCUUUGGACCCUGAGCAGUGUGAGCAGAAUGGGGGCUCUUCCAUUUGUUAUGUUCUGGAGGCGAACCCGUUCCGAAAUCGUAUCGUGGAGUCAUUUUCUGAGGAUGGAUUAGGCAACCUCAGCUUCAAUGACUUUGUAGACAUGUUUUCUGUGCUCAGCGAAAUGGCUCCCAGACAACUCAAGGCCAUUUACACCUUCAAAAUAUCUGAUUUUAACACUGAUGAUUUCAUCUGCAAAGAGGACCUGGAGAAAACACUGACUAAGUUAACCAGAGACGAUCUGAUACCUGUGGAGAUAAACUUUGUAUCUGAAAAAGCCAUCAAGGAAGCAGACCUGGAUGGAGACAGCAAACUCUCCUUUGCUGACUUUGAGAACAUAAUCUCUAGGGCUCCUGACUUCUUGAGAACCUUCCACAUACGAUUUUGAAACGGAUCUCAGCCCACAUCUCUCAUGACAGAUGAGAUCUUGUGUCGCCUGUGACUGAGAGGUGGGGCCACAAUACAGCCCAGCUAGUCCAGCUACUACACUGAACUGAAGAAACACUACUCCUCUAGUUCUUACCUCAGCUGCCAUGUUUUUGUAAAAAUUUAUUCCAAAUAUAGAGAGUUUGAAUCUGCAGGUUUUUUGGUCUUUCUUAAUAUACAUUUUGAACAAAGCACAGACAUUCAUUCAUUGCAUAAUUCACCAAGAGGAUUUAGAAAUAAAAUGUAGGAAAACAACAAGCUACAUGCUUUUCCCUCAGACAAUCUGGUUUUGCGUAGCUAUUCAGGCUCUUGUUCUUGAACAAAACCUGACAUCCGUAUCCGAGUCACUUCAUAUUUCUAAUACAUAGUGUUGGCACAUACGGUAAUCCAGGUGGCUGUGCUGCUGUGUUCUCAGUUGCUAUAACAACUAAUUGUUUGUUUGUCAUGUCCCACAAUUGUGAGAUUCCAGAAAUACCUGUUAAAGUGAAACUUAGAGAUUCUACUGCUAACACCUUAAUAAAGGACAUAACAGCAAAACAGCAGAAGUAUACAAAGUAACCGUUUUGUUAUUUGAUAGCUAUGCAAAGAUGUUUCCUGUAUGGGAACUGCAUUACAUUUUCCUACUGCUAAUUGCUGACUGAUGUCAUUUUCGGUAUCGUUAAAGUGCAGUAACAUGACGACAAUCACAGCGAUCAACUGAUCUCUACUCAAAAGAAGGUUUUUCUGAUGCAUUCAGCGAUUGUCUAUAUUCCAUUUUUAGAAUUACCUCUUACCACUUUUGCCUGUCUCGACUCUCGAGUCGAAAGUCGUGCCCGUGAUGAACACGUUUUCAGCAUUUGAUGUGAUAUAGUACAAUUAGCUAACCUUUCAAUAAAUCUAAUUUGUUUUUGCUUAUUUGAA